AUGUACUGGUUCGAGACGGCCGAAGUCUGCUUAUACGUAGUACCGUUGUACCUGCUCUACAUUCGUAUCUUGUACGUGCUGGCCACGCGACGGCAGGACUUUCAUUCGCACUUUUACAAGAUUGUGUUGGUCAGCGGGGUGUUUGUAAGUUCUUUUAUUUGAACCCGGGAGUUGCCAAAAUAUACAAGGGUUUUGUCGACGAGAGAGUAUGCGAAAUGUGGAGAGCGCUUAGAGAAAGAAGUUUUUGGUCCUAUCUUUGGGAAUGUCGCCCGGAAGAAGUGUUUUGUACAAAGUUGUUUACAGGGUCUUACAAAAAUGUAAAAGAAAGUCGAGACCUAUAAUUUUUACUUCAAGAGGUCGUAACGACCUCAGUUUGCACUUUAAAAUCUUGUUAUUUCAUAGACAAAAGUUAAUGCCGCUUAAAAAUACACAUUCCAAAAACUAAGUCUCUGCGCCGCCUCCGCCGGAGGUUAUAGGCUCCGACUCAUCUUUUGUAUGGCCCUGUAAUUUAUGAGUAAUAAAACGCACAAGAAAUGUGAACUCAUUUUCAACUUUUGACGUAAAAGUCUGUUGUUUUCUGCAUAGGAUGAAGUCAUCUCUAUGUCAUUGACAAAUUCAUUCCAGUCGUCAUCAAAAUCAUAACAAGAAUGUCGUACGUACAUAUUUCGAACAAUUUUUUGUUAGUGUUUGUAGGCGACAGAUAAACAUUCAGAAUUUUUGACUUCUUUUUGCACAUGUCUGACACGCUGAACUUUACAUAAUCUCUCUGAAAAAAGCGAUUUAGAUCCAUCUUAAUUUCAGGACUUGAUAGGAUGCACACUCGCGUUAUUCGAUCGUUUUUUGAACACUGACCUGUUUGCGACCUAUAUCCGACCUCAUUUCAAAAGUCGGGAGUACACAUUCGCCCUCACCCCUAUCUCGUAUCUAACGUAUCAUAGCGUUUACGCUGCACAGAUCGCGCCUUUGCUUAUGGCAUUCAACCGGAUGUGCAGUUUAUGUUUUCCAUUGGAGUAUGAUAAGGUAAUUUUAAUGUUCGGCAUUAAUUUCUUGGCUUUUCACAACUCUGAUGGUUGAUUUCAGAUUUGGAAAAGAUGUAAACUAAUCCUGUUUGUGUGCUUUGGAUUGUUACCGUAUUCAAUGGCAUGGUACAUCCCGUUCAAUCGGUCGGGAUUUACUUUUGAUGAUACGAAGUUGUGGUUUAAUUACACCGGCUUCGAUUAUGAUCACACUCGCACUUUCGGGGUAAGGCAAAUGCCACUGAUUUCGUGCUUAGCGAGCGUUCAAAGAAACUGUUUUUUGUCUGGCUGACUCUCCUCAUUUCGUGUUUUCUAUCACAAAUACAAUCUUUGAAUACUUCGGUUGCCAAUGAAAAAGUUUCAUUGAAUUCUCUUGAAUAUUCCGUCAACCAUAGCAAUUUUUUCCUCAAAAUCUAACCGCCAUGUUGUAGAUAGAGGAUGCGGUUGUGACCGAGUAUUUUGCCGGCACCUGUGCUUUGCUGGCCUUUAUCUGUAACCUCGUGAAUGUGUGCAUGUUGAUCAGACACAAGAUGAAAGGUUACAUCACUGGCCAACGAGAGAUCAACCUUGUUCUGUGCUCCACGAUCAUCUUCUGUACACAAUGUUGUGUUAUGAUGGGGCAGGUGAGUCUAGAAUAAGAUAAAUCUGCUUCAAAAUCCACAAAAAUUCUCUUUACGGUCCUACUCUGAAUAAACUUUCAGUACAUGUUUUCCAUGGGCUCCUUCAACAUCUACUUCCUCCUUCGCUUCGUUUUGACAAUAGUCGCGGAAGUGCAGUACAUUCUGCCGGCUUUGAUUAUUGUUUUGUCGAUUGGGAGUCUUCGAGAAGCCGUCUUCCGACCACUUCUCAGUUCAAAUGAAGUGUCGUUAUUCAAGACCGACAAGAAGUCAAGGUAAGUGGUUUAUAAACAGGGACAGCAGAGUGGGAUGCUGAUUGUUGUGGAGCCUCAAAGGUCUCCACAAUUCACACAGAAAUUAGCAUAAACCAACUCAUAUAAAAGCAACGUCUUGUAACCAAUUAUUAGAACAUAAUCUCAUUUUCUCCUUCUUUGUGUGCGGUCUCAAUAAACCUUAUUCCUAAACCUGUGUCUGUUCUAGAUACCUAUAUACGUUUGAACGUUCCCCCACACUGAGAUCUCCCUUCGAUGAGGCUUGUCUUUGUCCUCACUAUUUUUAAGGCUCGUUGUCGCCGAUCGGGUCUAUCCCGAGGACUUGAACGAGGCUUUAUAGAGCUCUAUAGAUCUCCUCCGUGUAGUCAAUUGAUAACUUGUUCUCUAGUAAGAGCACGAAGUCCCCGUGGCCCCACGGCCUCAGAUUUGACUCAAAGCCGGAGCGGAGGGUGUACAAAAAAGGACUGGUUGUUUUCCGUUGAGCAGAAACCUUGUUUGGGGACAACGACUGAUAAGAAUCACGUCCUAUACACUCUCUUUGACCUUCUUUCCAACCUUACCGUUGUCUGGAGAACGCCUAAACUUUACGCCAAAAAAGCACAGUAGAAACACAGUGCAAAGGGUGCAGCACCGGCACAACCUCUAUAUAACAAAUCUAUCUGUCAAAAAGUCCCGUUUCCAGUCGUCGUACAGACCCCACUGAAUUACCAGCAAUUUCAGGGCUCGUCGACGGAGUUUUGUGACCCAAACAAACUUCUAAAGAGCAGAGAAAUUCAGAUUCGUUGUACAGAGGUGUGAACAGACAUUUCUUGCCUCAAAAAGCUCAUUCUUGCCUUUGAAUUUUUUAAUUUUUCCCUUUUCAGGAAUACGAUCUCCAUGAACAACCACAACAGUGAUUCCGUCAAGAGCCAGAGCAGUGUGGUCAUCGGGCAAUAUCGCCAAGCAGUGCCAUAG